CCCGCUUUACUCUCCCAUUGGCUGUUCCUACCACCGCUGUUCCAAUCCCACCCCAGGGCCGCCCCCACCGCCCAUUGGCCCACACAGCUGUGCGAGGCCUUCACUGACCGCACUCUCUGGACCCCCGGCGGUUCGGGCGUCGGAGUUGGUCAAGUAGGCGUUGGCCGCGGACAUGACGCCUGAGGACCAAGAAGAGGCCCAGCCGCUCCUGGGGCCGCCUGGCGGCAGCAGCCCCCGCGGCCGCCGCGUCUUCCUCGCCGCCUUCGCCGCCGCCCUUGGCCCGCUCAGCUUCGGCUUCGCGCUCGGCUACAGCUCCCCGGCCAUUCCGAGCCUGCAGCGCGCCGCGCCCCCGGCCCCGCGCCUCAACGACAGCGCCGCCUCCUGGUUCGGGGCCAUCGUGACCCUGGGCGCCGCGGCUGGGGGCGUGCUAGGCGGCUGGCUCGUGGACCGCGCCGGACGCAAACUGAGUCUCCUGCUCUGCACCGUGCCUUUCGUGGUCGGUUUUGCCGUCAUCACCGCGGCCCAGGAUGUGUGGAUGCUGCUGGGGGGCCGCCUCCUCACCGGACUGGCCUGCGGCAUCGCCUCGCUAGUGGCUCCGGUCUAUAUCUCUGAAAUUGCCUACCCAGCAGUCCGGGGGAUGCUGGGCUCCUGUGUGCAGCUGAUGGUCGUCAUAGGCAUCCUCCUGGCCUACCUGACAGGUUGGGUCCUGGAGUGGCGCUGGCUGGCCGUGCUGGGCUGUGUGCCCCCCUCCCUCAUGUUGCUGCUCAUGUGCUGGAUGCCAGAGACCCCCCGCUUCCUGCUGACACAGCAUAGACACCAGGAGGCCAUGGCUGCCCUGCAGUUUCUGUGGGGCUCUGAGCAGAGCUGGGCAGAACCCUCCAUUGGGGAGCAUCAGGGGUUUCACCUGGCCCUGCUGGUCCAGCCUGGCAUCUACAAGCCCUUCGUCAUCGGCAUCUCACUGAUGGCUUUCCAGCAGCUGUCGGGGGUCAAUGCUGUCAUGUUCUAUGCAGAGACCAUCUUUGAAGAAGCCAAGUUCAAGGACAGCAGCCUGGCCUCAGUCGUCGUAGGUGUCAUCCAGGUGCUAUUCACAGCUGUGGCUGCCCUCAUCAUGGACAGAGCAGGACGGAGGCUGCUCUUGGUCUUGUCAGGAAUGGUCAUGGUGUUUAGCACGAGUGCCUUUGGCGCCUACUUCAAGCUGACCCAGGAUGGCCCCAGCAACUCUUCGCAUGUGGCCUUUUUGGCACCUGUCUCCACGGAGCCCAUUGACACCAGUGUGGGGCUGGCCUGGUUGGCUGUGGGCAGCAUGUGCCUCUUCAUUGCUGGCUUCGCUAUAGGCUGGGGGCCCAUCCCCUGGCUCCUCAUGUCAGAGAUCUUCCCUCUGCACAUCAAGGGUGUGGCUACAGGCGUCUGUGUCCUCACCAACUGGCUCAUGGCCUUUCUCGUGACAAAAGAGUUCAGUAGCAUCAUGGUGGUCCUCAGGCCCUAUGGAGCCUUCUGGCUCACCUCUGCCUUCUGCAUCUUCGGUGUCCUUUUCAGCUUGUUUUGUGUCCCUGAAACCAAAGGAAAGACUUUGGAACAAAUCACAGCCCAUUUUGAGGGGCGAUGACAAAGCUGGGCCAUUUGGAGGGAAUGGAGCCAGCCUGUGACUCUGCACUGGGCCCACGCCUGGGGCCCCUGCCCAGGGAGCAGGGAUUCAAUACCACAUCCCCUCGGAGCCUUGGCCUCCUGUCUCCUUCUCUGUAGCCCACGAUCCAGGCCACAAGGUUCGCCAGCCCUCAGGUCCAGUCCCUGCUGCUACUCUGCAGACCAGGGGACAUCUCAGGAGCUCUGCAGUCCUGUGACCGGCCUUCCACAUGCUGCCUCCUUCAUGAUACUGAAGCACCAAAAAAGGAGCAGGAGCUCCUUGCCUUUUCCCUCUCUGGCAGGACAUGCUUUUGGAGGUGGAGUGCUGGGCACCUGUUUGCGCCUGUCUGGUGGCUGAUUAUCAGAAAGGAACUUUGCCAAAUAAAUAUUUCAGAAAAUUGG